AUGACUAUUAUUACCGAUCUCCCAAAUGAACUUCUCGAACAAAUUGCCAUAAAACUCCGGACGCAAUAUUACGAUUCAAAUCGGUUCGGGAAUGUUCUGGCGGACUUCUCACUACUGAUCCAAAAGAAUCCGGGGCUCGGGUAUGUGGUUCGAACCCUGGCGAUUGGACCGUGGGAUCCGACUGAGCUGUCGAGCAAUUGGGGGCACAAUGAAUCGUUUAUGAAAAGUUAUGACUUUUUGAAGCGGACGAUCGAACACAAGAGCCUUCAAGAGGAAGACCUUCAUGACCUCGAAGAUCAUCCCAUGAGUGUCCUGGUUGCAGCGUUAUUUUAUUUGCUACCCGGGCUGGGGUAUCUUCACUUAGUCCUGCGGUCGUCAAAACGAGGUGGCCCACUGUUGACGAGAUGGUUGCUUUUGGCAAUGGAUAUUGCCCCUUUACCAUUCGAAGAAAAAAUCAGAGGGAUGGAAUUGGAAUAUAACGAGGUGGAUAGCUCCGAUGUUUUCCCCUGUCGGACGACACUUGGUGCACUUCUAGGGCUCCCCGGGCUUGAACAUGUGAGAUUCGCUUCAGAGGAUGCUGCCGAUUCUCUCCUCCUUACUGGAAUAAAUCCCACAUUGUCGCUCUCGGAAGGGUUGGAAAAACUAUCAUUAACCCUAGAGCCAGAGUCAGAAUUGGCAACGAUCUUACCACCUGCGCAUUCAAAGGCUUAUAAAAGAUUUCGCAGCUUCGACCCAUUUUGCAAGCAGAGGUUGUUAGAUUUAAGGAGUAAAUCUUCUAUCACUGGACUUUCUUUUUACAACAACCCUGGCAGCAUAUUUUCUAUUCCGGAUAUUAUCUAUGCGUCAAAAGAACUGAAAGAGAUCGAUUGCUUUAUUGGAAGUAGAACUAGAGACACUAGAGAGGAUGUGCAGGCUAUUCAUCGAGCACUGUUGGAACAUAAAAAUACCCUCGAGUACCUUUCAAUGAGUUACUACAAAGGGUUCGAUAAUCGACACAACCCGAACUUCCAACUCGACUUCUCGGCUUUUGAAAGAUUAGAAACACUUCAAGUCAGCAUGUUACUCCUGGCAGAUAUUGAUGCACCUCAGAUAGUUAUGGAGGAUGUACUACCCGCCAAUCUUGAAAAUUUGGCAGUGAAGAUACGGUACCCAUCAUUCGCAACCGGUGGUGGGUGUGAUUGGGAUGAAGUAGUAAUUUGCCUAAUUGCUAAAGUCGCAGCAAUGAAGGAUGUAAAACUGCAUAAGCUGAAUAGUGUGGAUGUGAGGGUUAUCAAUCAUCCAGCCAAAGCUUCCGGGAGCUCAAAGUUGAAGGAUGCAAGGAGGAUGAUGGAUGAACGAGGAAUAGAAUUUUCGGCCACAACGUAUGAUCCUAGUGGACUGUUGAACUAUAAGUAUUGA